AGUCCGUCAAAAAAUGACAACAAUGGGAGAAGACGAGGCUCCAGCUUUGCCAAAGAAAUCACCAUUACCUGAGAAAAUUGACGAAGCUGAUGUGGAUGAUGAUCCGGAUGAUAAAGUUAUCAAGAUAGUGGUAGUCGGAGAUGGAGCAAGUGGAAAGACAUCAAUUUGCCAGAGAUUUGCAAAAGAAUCUUUUGAUAAAUCUUAUCACCAAACUCUUGGUUUGGAUUUCUUCUCUCGUCGAAUCACGCUUCCACACGAAAUGCAGGUGCUCGUGCAGGUAUGGGAUAUUGGAGGACAAAGUAUUGCUGGUGAAAUGAUCGAUAAGUACUUGACUGGAGCCAACAUCGUUUUUCUCGUUUAUGAUGUCACCAACUCAAAAUCCUUUGAAAAUGCUGUCGAUUGGUUGUCAGUUGUCAAGAAAAACACGAAAUCCAGUGAAACACCGGUGAAACUAGUAUUGAUGGGAAAUAAGACGGAUCUUGAGGAGCGACGUGUGGUUUCAGUUGAAGCACACAAGAAUUUUGCGACUUCCAACGACAUGAUGCCAACUUACGUUUCUGCAAAAACUGGAGAUACUGUAUUUCUCACAUUCAGACAAGCCGUUGCUGAAGUACUCAAUGUGGGUCUUUCGAGAGCUGAAGUUGAAGCUGACAUCGAAAUUGUUCAAGGAUCUGUUAUUGAACAGCCUAAGCAAUCAGACGCCUCAUAUGCUCGCCGUUCGGAUCAAAGUCGCAGUACAUCUGUAUGCUCCAUUACUUAACAUUUUCUAUCGGAUUAUUUUCCCCUUCAUAUUUGGAUUCUCUCUCAAUGCCAACAUUGAAUAUUUUCACACUUUAAUAUAUUUUGUUGUACUUACAAUUAGUUAUCGUGUUUCUUCUAUGAAGCCUUCUGUGAUAGUUUAAUUGACCACU